AACAAUAAACCUCAUGUUAUACCCUUUCUUCAUUAUAGGGUACAAUAUAACACAUAUUGACUUAACUUAUAUUGAUCAUGUAAUCGCAAACAUAAACAUUAUGUUUGAAAUCUAAUAGUCAAAAAUUAUAUAGUCUUACACAUAACUCGUAUGUUUGCCGUUCUAAAUGGAAGUAAGAAAAUUGAAGAUCUAUGGCCGCAUGGACGGAACUCCUCCGAAGUUAAAUUUCACUAUCGGAAAAUGCAAUUGUGGAAAUGCAAUGAGAUGCACUUCAUGGACAUCGAUCUAAACAUGCAAACGCAGAUGAUGGAAUAUAGGGAGCUGUGCUCAUGCCCAAUGAUUUGCCAGGAUGGGUUGAAAUCGGUUGAAUUCUUGAUUUUUACUGCGGUGCCGGAUCAAUCAAUUCACCGGCGUAGAAAGAGGCAUCUUUUAAAUUUUGGAACAAUGUGUCAGAACGCUCAGUGUGAUAGACGGAACUCCUACGAAGUUAACUGUUGUUAUCGGGAAAUGGAACCGCAAUAAGAUGCAACGAACUUCAAGGAUGCGACCUAAACAUAAAACGCAGAUGAUAGGAUAUUAGGGUGCUGUGCUCGUGCCCAGGAUGGAUUGAAAUCGGUUGAACCCUUGAUUUUUACCGGUGCCGGAUCAAUCAAUUAUUCGCCGGUGCAGAAAAAGGCAUCUUUCAAACAUGGAAUGUGGCUGAGCUCAAAGUGUUUUUAUUUUAAAUUGCUCGAAUGAAUUAUAUUUUCUUGGUGCCGGAAUAAGGUGGGACUAUUUUAGGAUGUCCGUCAAUAAAAAAUCAGACUAAAUUAUUGUUUUUAAUUUCAAUAUAUUAUUGUGAAGUUAUGAAAAUCCUACAUCAACAUUAUGAGUCA